AUGUCGUCAAUUGGGCCCCAGCUACCACCACACCUCACCAAGCGGAAGCGCAGCCCCGAAGACGAAAGCCCAGGCUCACCAUCGGCCAAGACCCCGAGGCCCAGCAACGAGAAUGAGAUAUCUCUAGACGACAAUGACAGCGGCUCAGACGAUGGCUACGGCCCAAGUGCGCCAAAACAAGCAGCGGCAGGUCCACAAAGACCAUCAAUAGGGCCAUCACUACCACCCACAGCCGCUGCCGCCGCCCAUUCCGAUUCCGAUUCCGAUUCCCACGAUGACAACACAGGCCCAGCACCACCACCAACCGCACCACAACAACAACAACAGCCAAGACGCGUGAUGGGCCCAGCACCCCCACCAGCAGACCUAUCCACCCGCCCAACAACAGCACCAGGCCCAGGCCCAGACCCAGGCUCAGACUCAGACUCAGACUCAGAAGACGACUACGGCCCCGCCCUCCCCGGCACCGCCCCCUCCUCAAGAAACCACCACCCCGGCCCAUCAUCCCUCCCAGCCCCAGCCGCCCCAGAGAAGCCCGCCCGCGACGGCUGGAUGCUCGCCCCGCCCGAGCCAACAGGCUACCAGGAGCGGGACACGACCAAGAUCAAGGCGCGCAAGUUCGCCAGCGGCGCGGGGGCUUCCUCCCGACCCUCCGGCGGCGGCGGCGGGUCAGGGAUCAGCAGCAUCUGGACCGAGACGCCCGAGCAGAAGGCCAAGCGGCUCGCGGAUGCGGUCCUGGGGCGCGGCGACGGGGCGGACGAGCAAAACCAGAGGAAGAGCGGGUCGGGCGGCAGUGGUGGUGGUGGUGGUCGUGGUAGUACCGCCAGAGACCGGGCGGCCGCGGCGGAGCAGGACAGGAUCCGCGCCUUCACGGAGCAGACGCGCGGGAGGAGCCUGGUCGAGGAGCACCGGGCUGCCAGGAAGGGUGGGGCCGGCGGCAGCGGCAAGCAGGCUGGCGGGGACGACGACGACGAGGACGACGACCCGAGCAAGAGGGCGUUCGACCGCGAGAAGGACAUGGGCCUCGGGGCGAGGAUCACGGCGUCGCAGCGCAAGGAGCUGCUGAACAGGGCGUCCGACUUUGGCGGGCGGUUCCAGAAGGGGAAUUACCUGUGA